UACCGGCAAGAUAAAACCCACAUAUAGGUGGUACAUCAGUUUGAAAAUCACCCUGCCAUCUCCAGCCCUCAAACAAUGUGAAAGACGCAGAGGGAGGUAGUAAUGUGACCUUUAUAAAUAGCUGAUUUAUGCUUGAUUAUUUUUUUUUUCUUGUGGCUUGGAUAUGGAGAAGCAUACACAGCCCGUGUGACUUUGAAAACUUUAACGGAAAUGAAACAGGAAGCCAGAUCCUUUCACAGCUUGUUGAUCUGCAAAGACGAGCCGAGUCUGUAGAGACUCUUUUUCUACCCCCAACAAAAGAAGUCAGGGGAAAGAAAGCCAGCUGGGGGAUACUCUGGAGAGGACAUGCAGAGGCGACAUGAUGGAAAGGCAAGUAAGAACAGAGACUGGUUCACUGAGCAAGAAAAACGAAGCAGAAUUAACCACUCAAAGAGGAGUGUUGGUAGCAAUUUGGGUGCUUACUGAGAACGUGCCUGUUGGUGUCCAUCAGCAGAAGGCAUGAGGUGCAGUCCUGGACAACAGCUACCAAGCAAUCCUUGUGUCUCGUGUGGCAAAAAGUGAAAGUGAAGCUAAUGCUAAGCAUGUCUUUCCUCAUUGCUGUUCUUUGGUAUUGCAGAAGGCUGUACAGUUUUUUAGCACAGCUACUGAAACGGUGGAGCAACUACCUUCAGAGAAAACUCAUAAGGAAUCUCAGUGUGCUGACAGAAGUUGAUCUACUUGGUUACAGUGCGAGAGAAUGGAAUGGAGAAACAAAGCAGGCCAAACACAUGAGGGAGGCAUAUGAAGAAUUGUUUUGGAGCUGUCAUAUCAAAUACCUGCGACAGGUCAGGAGAGACAACUAUUGUGUACUAAGAGCGGUGCUUUUUCAGGUAUUCAGCCAAGGCAUUCCUUUUCCGUCGUGGAUGAAAGAGAGAGAUAUAUUGAAGCUCCCUGAAAAGCUUUUGUAUUCUCAAGGUUGCAACUGGAUUCAGCAAUACAGUUUUGGGCCAGAAAGGUACACGGGUCCCAAUGCCUUUGGUAAAUUGCGCAAAUGUAUGGAGACGUUAAAGACAAAUUGGACUGAAAUAAUUGCUACUAAAGAUCCUGAAGAAAGAGGAAACAUGUGUAAUACACUCUUUUCUGAUGACAGCAAGGAACACAAACUAUACGAGGCCAUAAAAUUCAUCAUGCUCUACGAAGUUAUUGAAGCCUAUGAGCAGAUGAAGAACAGGGAAGAACCCCCACACAACCUUUUUAGCCUUCUCCUAGCUCGUGAUUCUUCGUCCGACCCUUUGAGUUUCAUGAUGAAUCAUCUGAACUCCAUAGGUGACACUAUUUGCCUAGACCAGGUUGAUCUGUUUCUUCUUGGAUAUUUACUUGAAGUAAAGAUAAGAGUUUACAGACUGCAUAGGUUUAAUACUGAGGAAUUUCAAGUAAACUAUCCAGAUGAAUACCGAAGGGAAUGGAAUGAGAUUUCUCUUCUGACCGAGGAUGACCACUACUAUCACAUCCCCCUUUUCAGAACAUGAAGGACCUGUGACUUUUUUUUCCUUUGUAUAAUACAGUGAGUGACCAGUUCCAGUGAAUUAGGUUUCUAAUCGGCAUCAGGAAGAUUUUGAGAAUGCUCGUUAAUGAUUACAAAAUGAUUUAUGGGUUUAUUGCGUAAACAUUUUGCUUUCCCAUUGCAGCUCAAUUCACCAUCAGUCAGCCAUAAAAGCCAUAAAAUAUAUUUCUGUACUGUCUGGGGGAAAAAAAAAUGUUGUAUUUGAGAGCUGUCAGAUAAAAAUGAUUGGACUGCAUGACAAAGGUAAUGCUGGGGUUUCCAUUGCUAGACUAGGGGUUUACUCUGACAUUUAAACUCCAGUUCCUAAAGCAAUUACUGCCUUUCUCUUGUCUGUCUCUAGCUAGGGAGAACGAAUCACAGAGGAAGCAACUCCCAGGGCCCCGCAGUUUAUACUCCAGGCUAUUAAAGUUGCAUUGACUUGGGGCUGCCUAGGAUGGGGGGAUGUAAACUGGGGCCUCUGUGUCACUGCUUCAGGUCUUAUGUGGCUCCUUGGCUUUCUGGAAUGCCUCCCUGCAGGGAUGGGCAGAGCAGGCAGCUGCAGGCUGUACUUACUUCAGAUGUGAAAUGUCAGCUCUUAGCGCUGCUAUCUGAAGGUGAAGAAGUGUUACACGGGGGAAAAUACCCCAACACACACGGGCACAAGACUGCUGUGCCAGAUGAACAGAAGAUCUGCUUUGUAACUGAUGAAAGUACGCAAGCUUUCUCAAAGCUAAAAAAGGCAGUAUUAAUUAAUCAGUGACAUGCGACAGAGUUAGACCCAUAGCUGCCUAUGGUUUUUGUCAACUUGUAAAUCCUUUAAGGGCUGAUUUCAGCAUUACCUGCCAAGAUUUCCUUUGCGAUUCAUCUGAGAAAGCUAUGCACAGAACACAUUCACAAACACUGCAUUUUCAGAAAAUAUUAGCUUUCUAUGCAUUAUGUGAAUUCAGCAGUGUGUAUACAUCUGCUGUCCUCUGAGCAUAUAUUGAUCUCCUUGCCUAAGAUUUCUGUCUUUAGUUUAGACCUCAAUGUUUGAGGAAGUCUGUCCAGGACAACUAAAUGAGAUUUACCUUACUGCGUGGAACACUUUUCCUGGUUCUGUUUUCUAAAAGAACCAGUUGUGUUUUGAUUAUUUAAAAAAUAAGGGACCGUAAUUUGAAGAAAUAUUGAAAUGAUAUAGCAGAUCUAGCAAAAUAUUUUUUAAAAGCUUACAAUUGCAUAGGCAUACAGUUGUAUUGAAGAAAGUGGGAUAUAUUAAGAAAGCAAGCCUCUCCUUUCCUUACUCGAGAGAUACGAGGGCAGGUAGGUUUGAUUUUUAAUUCCUGCAGGAGAAAAUACAAGCCGGUAACAGGGCCUGCAGGAGCUAAAGCAGUUGCAUGAGGUAACAAAAUGGUAAUGCUUGGAGUGCAUGGAGAGUGCUCAGUUCCUUUGUGUAAAGGAAAGCAAUUUUAUCCCUUACAGUCCUCUUAUUUGUAUGUAUAUGUAUAUAUAUUUAUAAACACAAACACUUGAGUUCUGUAUUGUAAAUUCUGUUUCCUGAAAGUUUUUCUGAGAUCAGUUUUGUUCAAUAAUUUGUAGCUUUGAACUGAGAAGGCUUGAUACUUAUAAUAAUUUCAUCGCAUCAAAACCUGCUUAUCAGAUACUUUAUUUAUUAACCCCCCCUUUUUUUUCCACUGAAUGAAAUAAUUUGCCUACUUUAGAUUUUUUUCUGCUCUGUAUGGAGAAAUGUUAGAAUGCCUGAUAGUAUGGUAUUGUUCUCUUUUGCAUCAACGGUAACAUUUACAGCUAUCAAUAAACAUGUCUGUAUUUUAUUCUUGUUUUGGUACAAGCAGAAAUACAAAAAAAGGGUGUAUUUUUAUAGCGGGCUUUUUAAUGGUUUGCAUAUUAUUUAUGAAUAGGAAUACAAAAGCAUUACAGCUGAAAGCAUUAAAUUGUCAAAAUGUACGUUCUUGUAAUCUUGAGGAUAUUAAUAGGAGGGGGUUAAUAAAGAUCUAACACAGACAGUGGAAUUUAUCUCGCCAAUUUGGAUGUUUGCAUCUGAACUAGGUCCCCCUGGGUGCUCUGCCUUGUCAGUGGAAGGCAAGGGCAUGUAGUCAGCCAGAGGAGUGGGUCUCAGCAAGGGUCUGGUUCUGCUCACUGACUGUAGUGGGAACUGGCAGUGAUCAGCAUAUAUCUCUGCUCUAGAUGUUUGAAGUUAGGUGAGAUUAAUUGUGUCCCAAGAAUUCAGAAAGGACAUGUUGAAACAGAUCUGUUGGCUUAUCAGAUGUGAGAGGUGCUAGUGGAAUCGUGACGGCAACAGAAAUUGGAUGUGAAGAAAGAGGAGCUUCAGGUGAGGAUAAUCACAGGUCUUAGAGGUAAAUGCAGAGUGUGCUCUAUAUGGGAUCUGAAGAAACACUGAGACAGGUCUGGGGCUGCGCUGAGUUUUAAUCAGGGUCUCUGGUAAUUUAUUUUACAUGUGUAUAAAGCAAAAAUACAUUUUUUGUACAAAUAAAGAAAUAUAUGUAUAUACAUA